ACAUGGAAAGUGGGGUAGUCCUCUAUAUCACAUACAUUGGAGAAACAGACAGAAAUAAGGGUUAGAUUGUUUUUUCGGAAAGGGUUCACAAAAGUCCAAAUGGAGGGAGAGAAAUCAGUGAAGUUACAUGGAAUGUGGGCAAGUCCUUAUGUGUUGAGUGUGAUACUUGCCCUUAAAAUUAAGGGCAUAGAGUUUGAGUAUAUUGAGGAAAAUCUGUUCAACAAAAGUGAGUUGCUCCUGAAAUAUAACCCUGUGCACAAGAAAGUCCCUAUUCUUGUACACAACGGGCUACCUAUUUCGGAGUCAACGAUCAUCCUCGAAUAUAUUGAUGAGACUUGGACUGACCCUCCGCAUCUCUUGCCCAAGGACCCCUACCUUAGGGCCAAACACCAGUUUUGGGCCGCGUAUUUACAGCAAGUAUCGGAGAUGUUGGGGAAAACACUGACAGAAGGCGAAGCAACAGACGAGUUUCUUAACGAGUACACGAAGAAGAUGGAUGUUGCUGAAGAAUUCAUCAAGGCUGAUAUGUUCCCUAAUGAAAACUAUCCAUCUUUCCAGGAUGCGAAACCCGGAUACUUGGAUAUAAUGCUGUAUUCCUUCUUCUUUGGAGCCUCUGAAAUCGUGGAAGAGUUCUUUGGGUUUAAGCUUUUAACUGCAGAAAAGUACCCGUUUUUGGCGUCUUGGACCAAGGCACUGAGUCAAAUCCCAGAAGUUAAAGACGUGAUUCCCCCGAAGGCUAAGCUCCUUGAGCUUUUUCAUGUUAUGCGGCAAAGGCACCUUCAAGCAAAGUCGUAACUAAUCGUUAUCAGUUUUCGAUUUUUCUAAAUGGAUCAUAAAAUAGAGACGACUGUUUUUAUUUAUGUUGAAGAAUUAAGUACUACAUCAUUAGCUGAAUUCAGUAGUAGUAGAGUACGUUAUUGCGAGGCUGAUAUGAUCUUGAUUUGUUUGGCUUCAAAAACUUAUGAUAGUACUACGUACUGCCUCCGUUUCAAAAAGAUCUUUACAGUUA